UCUCUCUUUAACUUUUGUUUGUUGGUUGCAAAGAGGUGAAAAUUCUCCAACUCCAAUUCACACCCCCUCUUGGAGUGUAUUGAGUCAACAAUUGGUAUCAGAGCAAGGGCUUCAAUUUGAAGGUGUAACCACCUAGGAGUUGAUCGGGGAUGGCUCAAUUUCAAUGUUCUCAACCACUUGAAGGUUUGUCUACCACUAAGCCUCCUUUCUUUGAUGGUACUAAUUAUAAUUAUUGGAAGAAUAGGAUGAAGGUCUUCAUGCUUACAAAUGUGCCCAAGGCAUGGAUUGUGACUAUGAAAGGUCCAUAUGUGCCUACGAAAGUAGUUGGGGAAAGUGAGGUGCCAAAGGAAGAAGUAGAAUGGAAUGAUGAAGACUUGGUGAAGAUCAUGAUCAACAACAAAGCAAUCAAUAUGCUUCAAUGUGCUCUCAAUCCAACGGAAUUCCAUAGAGUAUCCGGAUGUGAUAUGGCCAAGGAGAUGUGGGACAUGUUGGAGGUAACACAUGAAGGAACAAGCCAAGUGAAGGAGUCAAAAAUCAAUAGACUCAUUUACAUGUAUGAGCUUUUCAAGAUGAAACCGAAGGAGAGCAUUCAAGAUAUGUAUACAAGAUUGAAUGAUAUAGUCACCAAUCUCAAGGCUCUUGGUAAAGUCUAUCCUUCUCAAGAAGUGGUGAGGAAAGUUCUUAGAAGCUUGCCUAAGAAUUGGGAAGCCAAGAAAACCGCAAUUAAAGAGUCUAAGGAUUUCAACACUCUCAAGCUUGAAGAUCUCAUUGGAAAAUUGAUGACAUAUGAGAUAGAAGUUCAAGUUGAUGGUGGAGUUGAAGUAGUUGAGAAGAAGAAGAAGGAUGUUGCAGAAGUGAGGAGAUUCAUGAAGAAGAACAUCAAGAGCAAGCUUGCAAAAAGAGAUGAAGGAGAGUCUACCAAAAGGAGUGUGAAAUGCUAUGAGUGCAACAAGAUGGGGCACUAUAGAAAUGAAUGUCCCAAUUUGAAGAAAGGCAAGAAGAGCAUGAAGAAGAAAGCUUUUGCUGCCACUUGGAGUGAUGAUGAAACUAGCUCAACGGAAAGUGAAAGCUCCUUGGAGAAUGGUGUUGCAAAUCUUUGCUUCAUGGCUCAAGAAGAUAGCUACAAUGAUGAGGAGGUAAACUCUAACUUCUCUAGUUCAAUUAAUGAAAGUUCUUUUGAGUAUUCUUAUAAUGAUUUAUGCAAAGUUUUUGAUUGCUCUAUGAAUGAUAUCAAGAAACUAGGGAAUGAGAAUCUUGCUCUUACUAAAACCAUUUCAUUGCUUAAAAAUGAGAUUGAAUCUCUUUCAAAACAAAAUGAGGUUUUAGUUAAAGAAAAUGCCUCUUUAAAUGGUGAGAUUGCUUCUUUAAAGAAUGAGGAGUUUAAUAAUACUUUGAAAAAGGAAAAUGAGGAUUUAAAGAAAGGAAAUGAAGAUUUAAAAAAGGAAAAUGAGGUUUUAAAGAGGAAAGCUUGUGAUCUUGAAAAUGUAAUUUCCAAAUUUACUUUGAGUAAAGAAAAAUUUGAUUCUAUCUUAAAAUCUCAAAGAAAUGUUUAUGACAAAGGGGGCAUUGGAUUUGAUUAUUCUAAAAAGCAAAAGACUUUUAAGAUUACCUUUGUAAGAGCAAGUCAAUCCUAUCAUGUUAAUGUUACUUGCUAUUGUUGUGGUGCAAAUGGACACUUUGCUUUCGUAUGUCCUUUGAAGAGAUUGAUAGCUCAAGGUAAAGUGAAGCAAAUUUGGGUUCCAAAAGGAACUUUAAGUACUAACCCCCAUGGACCCAAGCAAAUUUGGGUACCAAAAAUCAAAGCUUAAUUUUGUUUUGUAGGAAAAGUUGAUGGCAAAGUCAUAAGAAAAGCAAAGUAGAUCUUAAAAAGACUUAUGCCUCAACAAGAAUGUUGGAGUGGAAGUGCAAAGGAAAUUUGUUUUUGAAUGCUCCGCUCAUGUGCUCAAAU